AUGGGGGCGGGCACCUGGAAUUUGGGGGAACCUACAACCAGGCGGCCUCGUUUCACUGAGGCUGAGAUCUUAGCCCUGGUGGAGGAGGUGGAGAGGAGGGAACACGUCAUACUGGGCAAGCAUGAUAUGAGGGCUGGGGUGACAGAGUCAACCAAGAGGUAUGCUUGGGAGGAAGUGUGUGAUUGUGUAAAUGCUGUGUCCCACGUUGAAAGAAGUGUUGAAGAACUUAAGAGAAAGUUCAGAGACUUGAAAGCUCAAGUGAAGAGUAAAUCUGCAGCAGAAAUGAAGGAUGUGGGUGCCACAGGUGGUGGGCCUCCUGCUAAUGUGGAGUACAGCGAGGAUGAGCUAGUGCUUCUGCGCAUGCAGGCACCCAUUGCGGCAACAGGGGCACCUUAUCCUGACAGUGAGGGCCAGCCUUUACUGAACCAACAAGAGAAGAGCCCCCAUCAUCGGCCUCAUCCAGUGUCCGACGACCCAGUGCGCUACGACCCAGUGCCCUAA